UUGCUGUUGUCCAUCGCUGGAGGCAACGAGGCGAGCGAAGCUGGCACAAGUUGGUGAAGUUUGUGCCGCGUGUUUUUUUUUUUUCCUUUCCUGCCUGAAACAUGGCUCAAACGAACACGUCGGCUGCUCUGUCUGGGUUUUACCUCGAGCUUAGACGUUACGGGAAGAGCGGGGAAUACGACCGAGCCCUGAAGGUUUGCGACAAAAUCUUGCACGAGUUUCCAACGGAAGAAAAAGCGCUGCAAUGCAAGGUGGUGUGCUUAAUACAAUUAGGAAACUUCAAGGAUGCAAUUGACGUUAUCAAUAAGAACUCCAAACACAUAGGGGACAUGGCUUUUGAGAAAGCUUAUUGUUUGUACCGAUUGAAUGACACCAAGGAGGCGUGGAAGUUGUUGAGUAGCAUUACAACGCAGAGUUUUAGAGUGAAGGAGCUGAAAGCACAAGUGCUCUAUAGACUUGAAAACUACCAGGAAUGCUUCGAUGUCUACAAGGACCUCAUCAAGAACUCGGAGGACGAGUAUGAAGAGGAAAGACAAACAAAUCUUGCUGCUGUCAUAGCAUCCUUGACAAUGCAGACUGAACAAGAGGUGAAAGGUGCGCCAAGUCUAGGAGAAAGUUCAUACGAGUUGUGCUACAACAAGGCUUGCACUUUGCUGGGCUUGGCAAAGUAUGCUGAUGCACUUCAAAAGCUUGUGCAAGCUGAAGAACUAUGCAAAAAGUCUCUGGAAGACGAUGAUCUUCCUGAGGAUGAAAUUGAGGAAGAGCUGGCUAUUGUGAGGACACAGCUGGGUUAUGCCAAGCAGAGGUUAGGACACCCUGACCAGGCUAUGAAACUGUACAAUCUAACACUCAAACAACGACCUUCUGACAAUGCCAUCAUUGCUGUGGCAGCUAACAACAUUGUAACAAUAAACAAGGACCAGAACAUGUUCGACUCUAAGAAAAAAAUCAAGAUGGCGGUGGCUGAAGGGCUGGACAGCAAACUGACAUCACAACAACGACGGGCCAUUGCGCUCAAUCACUGCCUGCUGUUGUACCACACAGGCCAGCUAGACCAGUGUGUCAAGGCUAUUGCGACAUUAGAAAAAAAUUUUACGAAUGCUGCUGAUGAAGCAGUGUUGCUUCGAGCUGCGACGAUGCACUGCAAGGACAAGCAACUUGACAAGGCUGUGCGACUACUCAAGGAAUAUGCUGAACACCACCCUAGCCGUUCAUUGUCGAUAUCACUCACCUUGGCUCAACUGCUAUUGUCCCAAGGGCACCUCAGUGACUGUUGUGAUAUCCUGAAAUCACUUGGCGCCACCAGCUACAAGCUUGGAAUUAUUUCAGCCUUGGUGACCGUUUAUAAGAACCUCGAAGACAAGGAAGCCACUGCAGCAGUGUUUGCUGAUGCCAUAUCCUGGUAUAAAAAGAACAAACCUCGAUCUGCUGAGCUGAACCUGCUGACACGAGAGAGCGCCAAGUUCUACCUGGCUAAUGGGCAAGUCCAGGAGGCAGCCAGCGUGCUGGAAGAAUUACGCAAGGUGGAGCCCCAGGAUCCCAAGGUGCUGGCACAGCUAAUUUCAGCCUACUCAGUGUUUGACCCCAAGAAAGCCAAAAUGGUGAGCGCAGACCUUCCUCCAGCUGAAGAGAUUACCCGUCAAGUUGAUGUCGAUGCACUUGAAACAAUGUCUUGGACAAUGGGAGCUCGUUAUGUCAAGAAAGUGGUCAAGUCUGAAGCUUCUCCCGUCACUCGUGGUGAGGACAUUGUGAAGAAGAAGAAAAAGAAGAAGAAGGGCAAGCUGCCCAAGAACUACGAUCCCAAUGUUGACCCUGACCCUGAGCGUUGGCUUCCACGGCGUGAGCGUUCCACCUUUAAGAAGCGCAAGGAUAGGAGAGGAGCCAGCAGUGCCAUUGGUAAGGGCACGCAAGGCGCAGUUGGGUCAACGUCCGAAGCGGACAUGGCCCAAAGAACAACACCGCUGCCAAGUCCUGCUGCACCUGCAGCACAGUCAUCACCCGGAGCACAGCAGCCAUCACAGCAAGGCCCCAGGCAACAAAGACCGUUGCCUGCACAAAAGAAAAAGAAGAAAAAGGGUGGUCGCUGGUAAAGAGAGCCGGCUACCCUCUCACUGCCACAGUUGUUUUUUUUAUAAAGAGUUUGCAUUGCCAAGGUGCACAA